CCGAUCGACCAAACCGUCACGUGCUUCCCGUAAAACCCCCACCCGCGCAAACCGAACCUGCUUAUCUGUCACUCCGAGCCUCACCCCCCUCCCAGGCUCGGACAACCGUUCGCCGCUCCAAGCCGCUCUUUACUAAUCAAGCAAUUAAUUCUAAAUAAACCCAAAAAUUAAACCCCUAAACCCAAAAUUAAGAAACUUCACCGAGAAUAUGAAUAGAAUAGCCUGUCAUUUUUUUUGCACCAAUUUCAACACACACACACACACACACACACAGUAGAAAACCUAAAACCUUCUGCACUUUCUCCAUAUUUUUUUUCUCCAUCUUGCCCAACAAGCUAAUAAGCUACACACGAAAUCGAUGCUUGAAUCCGUACCAUUCAUCGUUUACUUUCAUGUGAAGCCACUCCCCCUCUGUAUUUAUUUACAUCUGUCUCCAACUUUUGAUGCUGUCCUCCAUUAAAGCUUCACGGAAAGCUCUUUAAGAAAUCCAGUAUAUAAACCCCCCCUUCUUCUUCAAUUUGUGCAGCUCAUCAACAGGCAAAAUUAGAAGAAGAAAAAUAUGAAGUGUUUGUUGAUGAGAAUUUCCGGCGCCUCUGUUUUUCUGAUUUUAUCCCAAUUUGUUUUCGCCGCCCAAGCAAUGCUGGACCCGGUUGAUUUCCUCGCAUUGCAAUCGAUUCGGAAGAGGUUGACCGAUAUGCCCGGCUCUAAUUACUUUGCUUCCUGGGAUUUCACUUCCGACCCCUGUAAUUUCGCCGGCGUUUACUGCGACGGUGAUAGGGUUGUUGCCCUCAAUCUCGGCGAUCCUCGGGCCGGGUCGCCCGGUCUUUCGGGUAGGCUCGACCCGGCAUUCGGCAAACUCUCUGCUCUGGCGGAGUUAACCAUCGUUCCGGGUCGGAUAAUGGGGUCUUUGCCCCACACUUUCUCUCAGCUCAAGUACCUGCGGUUUUUAGCUAUCAGCCGGAACUUUAUCUCCGGCGACAUUCCGGCGAGUUUCGGCCAGCUCCGAGGGCUACGGACUCUCGAUCUCAGCUUCAAUCAGCUCACCGGAAGCAUCCCGUCCGCCGUCGGAAACCUACCGGCGUUGUCCAAUGUCAUCCUCUGCCACAACCGCCUCAGCGGUUCGGUUCCGCCAUUUGUUUCUCAAACCCUAACUCGGCUCGAUUUAAAGCACAACGAUCUCUCCGGUUGGCUUUCCCCGCACGGACUUCCGUCUUCUCUGGAGUACCUCUCUUUGUCGUGGAACCGGCUCACCGGUCCGGUGGACAAGCCAUUGUCCCAUCUAAACCGGUUAAACUACAUAGACCUGAGUCUGAACCGGUUCACCGGCUGCAUUCCGGGCAUUAUAUUCACUUUCCCAAUCACCAGCCUCCAGCUGCAGCGGAACCAGUUCUCCGGUCCGGUCCAGCCGGAAAAUCUAGUGGCGAUCCCCGCCGUGGAUCUCAGCUACAACCAGCUGUCAGGCGAAAUAUCCCCAAUGUUCUCGACGGUGCAGAAGCUAUACCUGAACAACAACCGGUUCACGGGUCAGGUGCCGGCCAGUUUCGUGGACCGGGUUUUAUCCGCUGGAAUAGAGUUACUGUAUCUGCAGCAUAAUUACUUAACGGGGAUCGAGAUUAAUCCAACGGUGGAGAUUCCACUAAGCACGUCGCUGUGUCUACAGUAUAACUGCAUGGUCCUGCCCGUACAGACGCCCUGCCCUUUGAGAGCUGGGCGGCAGAAAACAAGGCCUACUUCACAAUGCAUUCAGUGGAAAGGGUAAGAUGGGGAAUUCACUCUUUAUUUUUUGGGGGUUAUUUAUUAAUUUUUAUUAUAUAAUAUUGGGGGUACUUCAAAAAUAUCAAAUCUCAACUGUGGAUAAAUUGAAUCAGAAAAAAUACACUCUUAUGGAGCUUCUGCGAUUAUGUUUUGGUUACUAAUCUUUUUUGUAAUUAGAAUACUUUUUGAUAUUAAUAUAAUAUAUAAAUUAUUAUAUUUGUUGUUUAUUAGUUAACUAUUUUGGAACUAAAUGUGUGGGGAUCGAUUGUACUUGGUGCAUUAGGGAUUGUACGUCCAAAUCAUUGAGUUUUGCUUCUUCUU